AUGAGAAAAUCUCGAAUUAGAUUUACCCGCAGCCAAAAAUGGUCGAUACCCAUCCUUUUACUCUCCAUUUUCCUUCUCGCACUCGUCUCCGCGCUAAUUUUCACUCACCCAAAUGCCCAAAAACCAACAACUUCAAAUCACAAUGGCGGCGUCGCCGAAUCGGAGCUGCCAGAGCUGCCGCGAUUGGCCUACCUGAUUUCCGGCUCCAGAGCCGACGGCGCGAGGCUGAAGCGGCUUCUUCAGGCGUUGUACCAUCCGAGGAAUUACUAUGUGUUGAAUCUGGAUUUGGAGGCGCCGGAUGGGGAGCGGGUCGAGCUGGGUAAGUGGGUCAGAUUGGAUCCUGUGAUGAGAGAGUUUCGGAACGUUAUGGUGAUUGGGAAGGCGGAUUUAAUCACCCACAGAGGACCCACGGCGUUGGCUUCCAUGCUCCGAGCAGCGGCGAUUCUCUUGAAGAAGGCUAAGCGAUGGGACUGGUUGAUCAAUCUUAGUGCGUCUGAUUAUCCCCUCAUGCCCCAAGAUGAUAUACUGCACAUUUUCUCAUACUUGCCUAGGGAUCUGAACUUUCUCGAGCACACAAGUAACAUUGGUUCGAAGGAGUAUCAUCGGGCGAGGCCUAUAAUCAUAGAUCCUGGCUUAUAUCAUUCUAAGAAAUCUGGUGUAUUUUGGGCCAAGGAGACGAGGUCAUUGCCUGCUUCUUUUAUGCUCUUCAUGGGGUCUGAAUGGGUCGUUCUCACGAGGCCAUUCCUCGAGUUCUGCAUCUGGGGUUGGGACAGUCUCCCCCGCACUCUUUUGAUGUACUUCACGAAUGUCCUGUCCUCCCCCGAGGGCUACUUUCACACCGUUGUCUGCAAUCACAAAGACUACCAGAACACGACUGUGAACCACGACCUGCACUACAUUAAAUGGGAUAAUCCCCCGAAGCAGGACCCGAUGAAUUUGACAACGAAGGACUUCAACGACAUGCUUCUGAGCGGUGUACCAUUCGCUCGUACCUUUGCAAUGGAUGACCCGGUUCUCGACAGGAUUGACCAAGAGCUCCUCGGAAGAUCUGAUGGCCAGUUUACCCCUGGAGCUUGGUGUGUAGGGAGACAUGAUAUAGGUAAAGAUCCUUGUAUAGUUUAUGGUAGUUUGGAUGCAGUUAAACCUUCUGCAAGCUCAACAAGGUUGGAGAAACUUGUACUGAAGCUCCUGGACUCUGAAAAUUUUAGACCAAGACAGUGUAAAUAACUUUCUAGUGCUCCUUUUACACAAAAAGUCUUGGUUUUGUUUUAUUCUUUAUCAUCUUGGAAUGUUUCUAAACUGCUUUUUCUU